AUGAUCUGUGAACAAGAUUCAAUAUCAAAUGAUGUGUUUCCAUUAACAAUGAACUUAUUUGAUCGUUACUGUUCAUCUUUAACUCACAAUGAGUCAAGUGUAAUUAAAUCUAUUGAGUUAAUUGCUCUGUCAUGUUAUCAAAUAGCAAAGAAAAUUCGAUAUACUCUAAUCAGUUCGAAACAAAAUCAUAAAAUUAGUUUAAUAUUAAAUGAUUAUACCGAUGAUGAAAUAUUUGAUGCUGAACAAACAAUAUGUGACAAACUUGGUUGGGAUUUGGCAUCAAUUAUUCCACAUGACUAUGUCGAUCCGAUACUAGAAAAAUUACCAUUUACGGAAAUGCAACGAAUGAAACUGAAACAACAUGUUGAGAUUCUGCUAUGUUUAUGUACAUGUGAAUACGAAUGUUCGAUGAUAUUACCAAGUUUAAUUGCAUGUGGUUGUAUCACAUCGGCUGUACAUGGUUUAUAUUCACAAUUAGACCUCAUUCAUGACGAUCAUUUACUUUCAAGAAUAAUUAAAUCAACGAAAAAUGACAUCGAUAAUAGUCAAAUGAUUGUUGAACAAAUUGUACAAAUUCGUCUACAAGACUUACAUAUUCCUCCAACACCAACUGUAGAGACCCAUGGUGAUAAAUCACCAUCAUCCAGACGUUGUUUAGUAUCGAUUGAAAAUAAUCAGAACAGUCCGAAAACACCAAAACGUACAUCAUUUUGUAUUGUCAGAUAA